AUUGGAUAUUUUAGAAGUCACAGGGCUCAUGACUGUUCUCGCGGCGAGGUCCCUUCGAGAACAUGAUGCUUUGCUCAACUGUGUUCACGCCGCUGCGCCAAAAAGGAAGAACGGGAAAGAUAGGGUAAAGCGGUCAUUUGAAAAGUAACAAUGAAUGAAGGGAAGUUUGUAAAGUUAAGAAAAAAUUUGGAAUACUUGGAAUGUCCACUUUUAGGGAAUGGUGAAGAUUGGUGGAUGAAAGAAAUUCUUAUUACAUCAGAACAAUACAAACAAGAACUUUUAAUAUUUUUAUUGUCUAAAAUUGAUGAAAAUUUACAGAAAGCAUUAAAGGAAGAAAUAAAAAAUAGUUUUUCAGAUGGUUUGAAGACAAAAUUGAUAAAUAAUGCAUUGGCAUCUCUUGGAUUACAGAAAUGGGAUGAGUCUGGAUUCCUUGGUAGUCCACCUACUUUUCGGCAACAAAUUCUAUUUUGGGAACAGUUAACAGACCUAAUAGUAUUGCAGGAGCAACGGACCAAAACGGCAUCAAAUCAGAUGAAACACUUUGAUCAACAUUACAAGAAUAAUCAAGCUUUCUUGAAAGAAAUUGCACAACAGACUAAAAUUUCUAAAUUAUUUAAUACAGAAAUCUCUCUCUUGCCACCUGAUAUUACUAAAGAAAUCAAAAAACCUCCUGCAAAGAAGAAAGUGAAAAAUUUUAAAGACGACUUACAAAUUUUAGAGGAAGAUUUAGCCAAAGUUAAUCAGCAUCUUUCAAACUUGCAGAAAGACAUUUUGAAAACAGAAAAGAACUGUGAAAAUUCAGAAGAAAAGCUAAAGCUGUCACUCCAGCAGUUUUAUCAAAGUAUCUCAGAAUUUAAGGAUUGUUACAACUGUUUAAAACCAUGGUUUGAAAAAUCUGUACCGGAAUUAGUCGAGUUUGGAAACAAAUUUCCAAUUAUGUAUGAACUUUUAAACCAUUGGACAAAUUUUAAUGAAAUGUUAACUGUGAUCAUUCAAAGUUCAUCAAACUUGAAGCAAUCCAAAUUGGAUUUAAAACAAAACAAAAAUAGAACAUUCACUGAUCAAAUCAGUGAAUUAAAUAACCUGUUACAGUAUGUAAACAAAGGUCUACAAAUGAAUACAAAAUCAUAUUUAGAGUAUUAAAAUAGAAUUUAAGGUUUUUGUCAAGUUGCAAUAACAAUUUUCAAUUAAUUGCUUUAGUUGAUCUAAUUUUAUUCUUUAAAAAAUUAAACUAAAGAAA